AUCAGCUACUCAUGGAGAGAGAAAGAAAGAGGCGCCUAUAGGUUUCCUACACUUCUUCCUUUCACAGCAGAAGAUAAUACAGUUGGAUAGAGAUAUUAUUUAUUACGCAAGGUGAUCAUGCAGUACCAACACAGUGCGCCUUCAGCCAUGGGUGUUCCUCUUUACGCGCCGACCCCUAUCCAACCCGUCCACCCAACACCAUUCUACAUAGAAGAUAUCCUGGGGAGAAAUGACACCAUGGCCCAGUCUUCAGCGGUGGUCUCUACGCCAAAUCUACCGUCACCGAAUUCAUCCUUCACCAGUUUGGUCUCUCCGUACCGGACUCCUAUCUAUGAACCGACACCGAUCCACCACCCUGCGUUGUCUCACCACGCUGCCCUGACCGCCACGUACGCCCCCGGGGCUUUCGCUAAUUCACUGUAUCCAUUCCACCGCUCUAUGGGGGACUAUACUCACGCUCUACUCAGACACGAUCCGCUGGGUAAACAACUUCUAUGGAGUCCGUUCAUUCAGCGUCCACUACACAAGAGAAAAGGUGGACAAGUCCGAUUCUCCAACGACCAGACAAUAGAGUUGGAAAAGAAGUUUGAGACCCAGAAGUACCUUUCACCCCCAGAACGUAAACGACUGGCUAAAAUGUUACAACUGAGUGAACGACAGGUAAAGACGUGGUUCCAAAAUCGAAGAGCCAAGUGGAGGCGACUGAAGCAGGAAAACCCUACCGGCAGUAAGACAGAUCUGGAGGACGAGAGCACCGGGAGAAACAGCGAGGAGAGACCGGAGUCCGGUGUGAACCUCAGAUGUAAGGCUACAGAGAUGACGCACACUCACAGUCGGUUGCAGUGUUCCACAUCAUCGCCUCUAUCACAAGGACAAAUAGAGUCAGACAUUUCAGAUGAUACAGACCAAGAGUUGGACAUAGAGGAUGACAUGGAGUUCCCACUGAAUCCAACGAUAUGAGAUCAUCAGAUCGCUGUUUACAGGUCAAUCUGGAUGUUUUCCCACUGGGUGACUGACGGUCCGGGAAGAGGACCAAUAGCCCGUCAGUAAACACUGUCGUAGCAUCUUUCUGGGACAUAGAUUUUUUUUUUGUAUAUAAUUACCUGUAUAUUUUGUGAUGUUGUUUUAUUAAUGUCAUUAUGAGUUAAAAAAAAAAUAUAUUAAUUGAGAAAAACAAUGAGCGUCGGAAUGGUUAGGCCGUUAAACGACAUGUUUUGCUCAAACCUCACUGGACGUAAACAUUUCACGGUAUUCGGCUCAUGUGACAUAUACAAUUUGAUUUGAUUUGAAGGUCGCCUCGUACCGGUUAAAAACACGAAUGGAAGUAUGUGAAAGUAGUUUUAGUGACAUUUAUAUUUUGUUAAAUAUUGGUACAAAUAUUAAAAUAAAACCCCGAUCUUUCUUAUACCUCUCAGAUAUAGGACAGACGCUUUAAAACAAACUUCCUUUAGAUAUUUUAUUUUUUGUUGUUGUUGACUAAAUCAAAAAAGCUAAAUGAUUCUUGGUAUGACAAUCUUAAAACAAUUCCAUAUGUUAGUUUAGUAGAACCCUUGGUUCUCUAGACUCUUAAUUAAACUAGCGAUAUCUGGGCUGCAUCUCACUGUACCACAUCCGUAUCUGUGGUGGAAGGUGGCUGAGCUACACGGUUUGGUAGAUGGGAUGCAGUUUAUGUCAGAAUUGACUUUUCGUAGCAGGUGUGUUUGUCAGACCAUGAUGUGACGUCCCGAAAAAUCUGUCUUCUCGGGAAAAUGUCUGCAGAGUCUAAACAGUUUUGUUUUGAUCUACCACACCCACAACACUGUCUGAAGGUAACCCAGUACUGGCUGUCUGAAGGUAACCCAGUACUGGCUGUCUGAAGGUAACCCAGUACUGGCUGUCUGAAGGUAACCCAGUACUGGCUGUCUGAAGGUAACCCAGUACUGGCUGUCUGAAGGUAACCCAGUACUGACUGUCUGAAGGUAACCCAGUACUGACUGUCUGAAGGUAACCCAGUACUGGCUGUCUGAAGGUCACCCAGUACCGACUGUCUGAAGGUAACCCAGUACCAACUGUCUGAAGGUAACCCAGUACUGGGCCGGAAAAUGAAUGGAAGUGAAUAAAUAGGUCAUUUCCACAUCAAAGGGUCAUUCCACUGUAAAAUAAUUAUAAAUAAAUCCUGAGCUUUCUUACAGCGCUCAGAUAUAAGACAGACACCUCAAAACAUACAAUUUUUUUAAAUGAAAUGUUGUUGCAUAUCUGUUUGCCCAUGUUUAGACACAUCUCAGAAUGUCCUCUCCUUUCGGGUGUCUUUAAAAAGGUCCUUGUUCGUUUGUUGAAUUUUCUCAGUCGAAUGAAAAAGCAUUUAGAAAUGUAUUCUAAACUCAGUGUAUUUUUUUAUUAUUGAUUACUAAUAAACAGUAUUUAGCGAUAA